AUAUGUAAUGUAUGCUCUUGAGUCCGGUAAGGGAAAUUGUUUCCGGUUUAGUGGUUAACCUCUUCUCUCCCUUCCGUCUCCGUCUGUUCUUCCUUGUUGAAAGAGAUUCUCUUGAUCAAAUGUUUCGACGUUUGAUUGUCUGAUGCAACAAUUUCAAUGACGAGCAUGGGUUUCUGCCGCCUCAUUCGCGUCUCAUGGGAUCAAGCAUUAGAGAGAUGCUCCCCGGUGUUCCCUUGUCUCUCCGAUCCGGCUCGGAGAACUUUCCUGGGCCUGAAAGUGGCUUUGGUGAUGCUGCAUCUGAUCUAUGUGGGUGUUCUCUUUCUUUUUGAUACAAAUUUGAUACAGAAAACAAAAGAAGAACCAUGGUACAUAGCAAUAUACUUAUUAGUGUUUGUUGCAACCCUGGCUCAGUAUUUCUUUACUUCUGGUUCUUCUCCUGGGUAUGUAAUUGAUGCAAUGCGAGCUGGUAAUGAGUCACAUGCUACAUUUAGGAAGACAUCCAUGACAUCAAAACGGUCUGCUUCAAGCCAAAGCGGAAGCUUCACUAUCCCCAUUGAAGAGAAUCAGCCAGGAAAAAUUACUCCAGGAAAUAAUACGACGUCAUGGGCAAAGCUAGUGAUGGAUAUGUACCCUCAUGGAUCAUCUGUUAGAAAUUGGACAUGCAUGUAUUGUAAUAUCGUACAGCCUCCACGUGUGAAACAUUGUCAUGAUUGCGACAAAUGUGUUCUUCAGUUUGAUCAUCAUUGUCUUUGGCUUGGAACAUGCAUAGGACAGGGUAAUCAUUGCCGAUUUUGGUGGUACAUUGCUGAAGAAACAACAUUGUGCAUCUGGACUGGAAUCUUAUACAUCACUUAUUUGAAGGCCAAUAUUGCAAGGGCAUGGUGGAAAGAUGGCAUCAUGAUAUUGCUUUUGGUUGCAUUGUCCAUUUGUCUUAUCUUUUUGCUCCUGCUGCUUCUUUUCCAUAGCUAUCUUGUCCUCACAAACCAGACUACUUAUGAACUCGUAAGACGACGGCGAAUCCCGUAUUUAAGAGGGAUUCCGGAAAGGGUUUACCCCUUCAGUAAAGGCAUCUGUAGGAAUCUGUAUAAUUUCUGUUGUGAUCCAAGAAGAAGCAUAUAUGUCAUGGAACCAUUGCCCACCUCUCAGGAACUCGAAGCCAAGUCAAGACCGUAUACAUGCUUGGAUGUUUUAUGUUGUCGUUGUUGCUAAUAUUUUGGGCUUUUGUAUUCUUUUUAUUUUAUUUUUUUAUAAUUUGCAUACGCUGAUUUUGGAAUCAUGCCUUUGCUUUCUUUCUUUCUCUUCUGAUUUUGCUCUCCUUUCGUUAAUCUCAUUCCAUAUCUGUAUCGAC